AGUUGGCUAGGCUGCCUUCGCUUCUCAAGAUGGCAGUUCCUGGAUUUACCUUUGGUGCAUUCAUACUUGUGUUGCACGUUAGUUCUGUGGCUAAUUAUCCCAGCGGAAAAGUAGGAAAGUCAUGCCAUGGAAUGGUUCCUGAACACAGUCAUACUGCACGUUCUGACCCUGUUCACAACGUUUCAGUGAGUCAGAUGACAUUCAGACCAGGAGACCAGAUUGAAGUUACUUUGUCAGGGCUACCAUUUAGAGGCUUUCUUUUAGAAGCACGUAAUGCUGAGGAUUUGAGUGGCCCUCCUAUUGGCUCCUUCACAUUGAUUGACAGUCAAAUGUCGCAGCUUCUGACCUGUGAAGAUGUACAGGGAUAUGCUGUGAGUCACACAAAUCCAUCCAAGAAAACAAAAAUUAAAGUCUACUGGAAUGCUCCAAGCAAUUCUCCGAAUCACAUAAAGUUUCUAGUCACAGUUGUUGAGAAGUAUAAAAUCUACUGGGUGAAGAUUCCUGGCCCUGUAAUUUCACAGCCCAAUGCACCGCCUUUUACAACACCUGAAGCUACAGUAGCACCUUUGUCAACAUUACCUCCUGUAUCCCAUUUAACCAAAUCAUUCAGUGCUUCAGAUUGUGGGAACAAGAAGUUCUGCAUUCGGAGUCCUUUGAACUGUGACCCAGAGAAGGAGCGUGCCUGUUUCUUCUUGUCCUUCACACGAGAUGACCAAUCAGUGGUGGUUGAAAUGAGCGGUCCCAGUAAAGGCUAUUUAUCCUUUGCGUUUUCUCAUGACAGAUGGAUGGGUGAUGAUGAUGCUUAUGUGUGUAUUCAUGAAGAUCACACUGUGCACAUACAACCAUCCCAUUUGAUGGGGCGAAGUCACCCUGUGAUGGACUCCAGGGGUGCUCUUGAGGAUAUGGCUUGGAGGCUGGCGGAUGGUGUUAUGCAGUGUUCUUUCCGAAGAAACAUUACCCUUCCUGGGGUUAAGAAUAGAUUUGAUCUAAACACAAGCUACUACAUCUUUCUAGCAGAUGGUGCAGCUGACAAUGGUCGAAUAUAUAAGCAUUCUCAGCAACCUUUGAUUACAUGUGAGAAACAUAAUGUGACAGACUAUCCAAAGAAUGUGGGAGGCUCCCGUUCUUUAUUUCUUCUGAAGGCUCAUGGUGCUUUAAUGUUUGUGGCAUGGAUGACUACUGUUAGCAUAGGUGUGCUCAUGGCUCGGUUCUUCAAAUUUGUUUGGGCAAAGCCUGUUUUUGGUCAAGCAGCUUGGUUUCAGGUACAUCGGACGCUCAUGCUCACUACUACUGCCCUCACCUGCAUUGCUUUUGUUCUGCCUUUUAUUUACAGAAGAGGCUGGAGUUGGUAUGCAGGUUAUCACCCGUACCUUGGCUGUAUAGUGAUGGUUUUAGCAGUUCUUCAGCCUCUUCUGGCGGCCUUCAGGCCACCUUUAUAUGACCCCAGAAGGCAAAUGUUUAACUGGACGCACUGGAGUAUGGGAACAGCUGCUAGAAUAAUAGCAGUGGCAGCAAUGUUCCUGGGAAUGGAUUUACCAGGACUGAACCUUCCUGGCCCAUGGAAAACCUAUGCAAUGACUGGAUUUGUAGCCUGGCAUGUUGGGACUGAAAUUGUCCUGGAGAUACAUGCUUACCGACUUUCUCGAAAAGUUGAAAUAUUGGAUGAUGCCAGAAUUCAGAUCCUUCAGUCAUUUACUGUAGCUGAAGCGGAAGGACAUGCUUUUAAAAAGGUGGCGUUAGCAGUUUAUAUCUGUGGGAAUGUGACUUUUCUCAUCAUAUUCUUAUCUGCAAUCAAUCAUCUAUGAGCAAGCAAAGACCUUGGCUUUGCAGACCAGAUGAUAAUUAUCAUUGAGCCAAAGAAACUUGAAGCCUGUACCGACUGCCUGGAACGUAUUCAUGAAUUCUAAUUUGGAAGACCAGGCCAUGUCUGUAGAGGAAUUCCGAAGUAUGGUCCUUAGGGAUCAGCUUUCAGCAGGGUCCUAUGGAUUCGAAAAAGGAUAUCAAGCCUUUGUGUGUGAUUCUGAGUGUUACCAAGGAAGGUUGUACUUGAGGAGAAGUGAUUAUCAAAUAUUUUCUAUGAUGAGAUUUUUAGAAUGUUAGCAUUUAAGAAAAUAACUGUUUGGAAAGGCAGAAAUGAUGUCAUUCGGAUGAAAUGGGGAUUCUAUUAAGGUACAUGUAUUUUGGGCUAUAGGGGUGCUGUGGUACUUUAAAGAAACCAUCUAUACUUGUUUAUCAGGAUGGUUUUUCUUAGGACUUUUUGUGAAACUAUGUUUUCCAGUUCAGUGUUUUGGACAUGUCCUUUUUUCUGUGUGUUCUGUUACUUCUCUGGUAAAGGUGGAGGUGGGGCUAACAUUGUAUUCACAUUUAAUUAUAUUGUGAAUAUUAUAAUUUCUUUCUUAGUGAUGAAAUGCAAGUAUGCAUCUUCUGCUUAAGACUGUAUUUAUAUGGGCGCCUGGGUGGCUCAUUUGGUUAAGCCUCUGACUCUUGAUUUCAGCUCAGGUCAUGAUCUCAUGGUUCGUAAGUUUGAGCCCCACACUGGGCUCUGUGCUAACAGCGCAGAGCCUGCUUGGGAUUCUCUCUCUCUCCUUUUCUCUCUGCCUCUCCUCUGUGCUGCUUGUGCUCUCUCUCUCAAAAUAAAUAAAUAAACAUUUAGUAAAAAAUACUGUAUUUAUAUAUUCAGUUACAGGGCUGAAAUGAUAUUUUAUAUGUGAAUUGUUUUGAGUGUAAGAUUCAAGUCCUAGCUUUUGGAGAUUGUAGACUUGCAUUUCAAAAUUAAUAAAAUUUACCCUUGUAAAUAUAUUUAAGAGCUACUCUCUUUCUUUGUGGUAAUAAAUAAUAUGGGUGGAUCUUUUUUGUUAGAAGUUCCUGAUGCUGUAAUGAAUUAGAACGUCAGUGUUGUUUUCCUUCCUACUCUAAUAAUCUCUUUUUUUAGUGGCUGGGUUUCCUAUUUGCUACGAGGACUUCUCACCAGUGGGUGGCACCAUAAUACCAAAGUACUGCUUUGUUUCUGUUUCAUGGUGCUGUCACUCAUUUCUAGUACUUGGAUAAUACCAUGGAGUGGCAUUUCCCUUAAUUCCUCCAACUCUUAAUUUGUAUUUGAAAAGUUUCUGCCUUUUUUUUUUUUUGGUGGGGUAAGGGGUUUGGGGUUGUGAGUUAGAAACUGAGAUUAGGGACUGUUAUUAUUUUUCCUGGUUACUUCUGUUUGUUUUCUAAUCAUGAUUAUUUGUAACAAUUGCUUGAUAGUUCCCUUUACAUUCAUCUGACUCUGUAACAAAUGAAUAUAACUAUUUUAAUCAGAGGAAAUAAACAAAACUGGACAUUGCAAAAAGAAGCUUAGGAAGGCAUAUUUUAUCUUUUAGGCAUUCUUUCUGAUUAUGUUAUAGUUUCUGCUUGGUCUGAGGACCUAAUUUGUAUUUGGCGUUAAUAAUAGCCUUAGCUGUGUAUCCUAUUGUAUCCUACAUCUUUUAUGGGGUAAAAUGAUAUGGAAGUUUUAUUUUUGUUCCUUAUAUAAGUGUUUAUCAUAAAUAGCUUAGGGUUGAGAUGUGAAUCUUCUGUGUUCAUGGUCUGUGCCAGGCUACUUACAGUUUCAAUUUUUUUCUUAAAUAGUUUCAUUAAUUUUUUUUAGUAUAGAAAAGUGUAUACUAAAAUAUUUUCUUCCAGUUUUCAAUUAUAAGGGGCUUAAAGGUUAAUAAAUUUUAAUACAAGUUUGUAUAUGACAAAGAAAAAUUCUUUUAAGGGGAAAAUGAACCUGUUGUGUUUGGUUUUCAAGUAUGUGGACUUACUGAAUUUCCAUCACUGAGGUUAAGAUAUUUUAACUUUUUCUUUUUAACUGGUUCAUCUUUUGGCACUAUUUUGAUAUAUCAUCAACAUACAGAAUUCUCCAAAAAGUCUUUAAUCUUGAUAGAUGCCAUUUUAUUAAUACCAAAUUAUGAUUUUUCUGUUUAUGAAUUGUUAAUAUCCACAGAUUGAAAAAUGCCUAUUCUUCACUCCUGUCAUCAUUUCUUCUUGUUUUUGUAAUAAACAGUUUU